GUUCAGAAUACUAAGAGAAGCCGAGAAGCAGAUUAUUGAUUUCAUAGCAUGUGUUUAUUUCUCUGCAUGAAAGUUUCCAAACUUUCCUUAACUAAGCAAUCCAAUAAGUACGAAUUAAAUUACCCCUGGAUAAUUUUAAUGCGUAAAAGGAAAAUGCACUAAACCAUUACUUCCAGAGUAAAAAAAAACUUUCAAUAAACAUUUGCAAAAUAUUCCAUGAAUCAUAAUUUCCUAUAUAUAUAAGGCAAUGUAUUUUAACUCUCGAUUUUGGAAGAUUAUCAUGCUAGUAUCGCACUGAAAUAUAUUUUUCUUUCACAUUUUUUUAUUCCCGUUGUAUAUAAAACGGGAAAAUUUCCUAUACAAUGAAUUCACUACUAAGCAGGAUUAUAUCCAAAGCUAAGUGCAGUACUUAAAAACUGUAUGUGCAUUGGAUUACACUGGCUCCAAGAAAGUGUGAAGAUUGUUUGGGAUCCCAACUGAUCAUGCUAACUUAACUGAUCAUUUGAUCCCCUUAGUUAGAGCUUAAUAAGGUGCUAUUAAAAAGAGUUUAAAGUGUGAGAAUGUUAUAAAUUGUAUAAAUUUAUUUCAAGUUGUUUAUGUUAAAAACGAAAUCAACUAAAAAAAUUUUUGAGACUAAAAUGACAUUUCUGUGAUGGCUAGUGAUUUUCAGUGUAGUCCUCCCUUAAGCUUUCCCGUUGGUGACGUCGUCAAGCAGGGAUACCUGUUUGUAAAAAGGCCGCCAAGAAAGUACCUGAGCAAAAUUAAGGCCUGGCACAAGCGAUACUUCGUACUAAGAGACGAAACACAGGAUCGAAGUCCCUGUUUGGAGAUGUACGAGAAAGAUGAGUUAUUCACAGCCCCUCUGGGCAUUGCAGGACCAAAAUUGAUCCUUGACCUGGGGCAGUGCGUCCAUAUCGGUUUCACUUCCGACUCCUCCAGAUUUCCUUAUGCUUUGGUCAUCGUUUGCCAAGGGAGGUCACCUCUUAUCUUAGCAGCAGAAGAUGAAUUAAGUGCGAGAUCUUGGUUGCUGGCCUUAGGUCUCAUAACUCAUAAGGGAAACUCUACUCAGUGCCAGAAAACAUCCUUCAUUCCACCACCUUCACUCUUACUGGAGAGACGAACUCAUAGGAACAAAGCUGCCUACAGAGAUACCUGUUCCUUACCUCAGGAGUCAUCAGCCCCGUUAUCAGUGGAGAGUACUGCGGCUACUCUUCUGCCUGAAGAAUAUAACGACAAUGAUAUGGACUUGUCUUUUGCUCGGGAAAUCUUCCACGUUUCAGUCAAUCCAACAGAGGACUCUCAACGUCUUGGCAUGAGUGGCGACUUACAGCUGGCGAUAUUCAGUCAUGGAGUUGGACUAGCGAAACCUGGUAUGGCCUCGUGUUUUGUUGUAUGGCCAGUUGCUUACAUUCGGCAAUAUCUUCACGAGUCGACAGGGUCAACGGGAAGAACUAAAACCACGAUUGUGUCUUUAGAAGUAGGAAGGAGAUCCAUAACGGGAGAAGGUGUUUUCCAAUUUCGAACUCAGAAAGGAACGGAAAUCAUUCGAGAGUUAAAAGGAAUUGUAGAGCUUUGGUCAGCGAGAAAGGCAGUUCUUUCCAUACAGCAAAGUUCAGCAAAACACAGCUUCUUCAAGACAUCCCCUACAAAGAUUACUCACUCUAAAGGACGUUCUUGGAAUUUCAUUGGUCGCUCUGCUCCAUGCACUCCUAGUCUUGCAUUUCCGCACACCUGGCACCAAAGGAGAUCCAGUCCUGGCCCCAGCAAAAAAUCAGCGCCAGAUAUAACGCGAACAAGCAAUACAUAUGAAAUUGGGAAAUCACCCAAACAUUCAGAAUCUGCGGAUGCAGAACAUCCUAUAAACUACAUUGUUCCUUGUUUCGAAGGAUCACCGCCGUCCGAAAAGACGAAUCAGUCAAAAAGUCCAUGUGUGUCAAAUAAAAAAUCGGUAACAGCAGAUGUGGGCAAAGAUGGCUGCGUCAGAACAAAGCACACAAGAAUAAUGGGUGCCUGUUCCAUUCCGGAAGUUCAAUCUGUUCGAAUGGACGCAUGUUCGGGAGAGAGUAGUGACGAAUGUUGUUAUGUGGAGGUGGACCCCACCGAUGCUCCUCAGCCACCUCCAAGUCCUCUUAUGGGCACUCCCAUGCCAAGUCCUGCCAAAAUUGGAAUUUCAACCUGUAGUCAUGAGCCCGAAGGUAAAGAGGACCAAAACGUCCAUCAGAGGUUACCUUGAGGUCAUACCGACAUAGUGAGUGAGAAAAUGAAGACACUUUUGUUCGAUUAAAAAAACUGAUUCGUUCUUGAAGUGAGGUGCUUGCAUUGUAAAAGAAAACAAACUGAUGUUUUCACGUUCAUUUCGUUAAAUUAUUUUUGUUUACACUAAUAGCUUUGAAAAAGAAGCUCAUUGUAAAAUUUCAACUAUCACAAAGAGAGAAUCUUUGUCAAUUUAUUUAAUUUUUAUAUCAUCGUUGUACUUACAAGUAUAUAGAAGUCGAAUUUCUUUUAUGCGUGAUAAUGAUACAAUAUGUAUUAUAUAUAUUCAUAUAUUGUUUGGAUUUCAGUCAUAUGAA